UCCUUCAUUAAAUCAACUCGCUUCAACAUGAACACAAGACAUCUGGAUUCACCGUUUAAAGAACACCCAGAUCUUCUCAAUAUUGACACGGAGUACGCAGUAAAUCUAAAAAUAUUGUUAGAAGGCGGUCCUUUCAAUAGCUUCGUGCAAUCAAAAACACUAAUAACUAAUAAUGGCAGAAGAAUAGACUGCUCAAGUGAUAUUGACAGUAUUUCCUCCUCGUCUCCUACAAGUUCGCCUAAAGAUAAUAUUUCCAUUUCUCAUUUUGAGUGUAUUCCAGUUGAGAAAGCAGCACCCGUAAAUGAUCUCAAGGUCAUUCCUGAGGAAAUCUCUAUCUCAGAUUCGACUUCCGACCAUCACAGCGUCAUUGCUUUUGAACAAGAUUCAGUUCGAGCCUAUCACUCAAAUUUCUUCCCUUUGAAGAAGGAUCUGCACGAUACCAUUGAUGUCAGUAAAACAAUUCCAGCUUCUAAUCAAGUUUCUCGAUCUGUAUCCCUCGGAAAACGCAAUCUUUCCGCUCGAAUUCAGUCUCUCCUUGAAAAUUUUGAAUCAAAUGGCCAGCAUCACAACGAUUCUUCUGUUUGUACCUCACCAGAAUCAAGACGGUCUAGCGAGAAGCUUUUGAACAAAUCUGGUUCACCUGAUAAUUUAUUUUCCGACCCAAAGGCCUCUGCUGAAUCGUGUUUAGUAUGCAACAAAGUUGUCUAUCCCCUUGAUCGAUUUUCUACCGGAACUCAUGUCUAUCACAAAUUUUGUUUGAGGUGCAAUGUAUGCGAUCGGACCCUAUCCCCCGCGAAUUGUGAAUAUGCUAAAGAUGAACUCUUCUGCCGAUCACACUUCCUUGAUAAAGCUCACGGACUUCGUAAGUUCCGCAGCAUGUUCCACAUUCUAACCUCCUCUAGACAAUUUUAA